AUGCAAAAAUUUAUAAAGAAUAAAACAACAAAUGAAGAUAAACGAAAGGAGCACCAGAAAGAGUUGGCAAAGCGUCUCAACGAGACUGCCAAAGAACGUCUCGCCGAACAAACCGGAAAAAAAGAUACGAAAACGGUGAAAAAAUCGAACGUUUCCUACAAAAGCUACGAGAAAUUCCCGAAAGAGCCAGAAGUGGACAAGUUGAACAUAUAUGUGGAUCGUCGGCAUGACUCGAUAAUAUUGCCUGUGUUCGGUGUGCCCGUGCCGUUUCACAUCUCGAUGAUCAAGAAUACGAGUCAGUCGAUUGAAGGCGACUUCACCUAUUUGCGUAUCAAUUUCAUGCAUCCUGGCUCGCAGAUAGGCAAGGAUAGUCAACAGUUCCCGCAUCCGUUAUCGACUUAUGUGAAGGAAUUGUGA